AGUGUUGGGCCGCACACGUGGUUGAUCGGGCAGCGCUGUCAGAUGAGGCUGGUGGACCGGCUACGAGGGCUGGUUUCUGUGAUGGCCUGUCAGCCGCCGGUUACAGACAUGGCUGCUAAAGUGAUGAAGCUGCCUGGCGGAGCCACUGGCUGCAGGAACGGGCCGGACAAGGAUUUCAAGGGUUGGAAAGAAAUCUUAAAUACCUCUGUGGGUGUCCUACAACAAGGAGGAGUGAUCGGCGUGCCCACUGACACCAUCUAUGGAAUCGCAUGCCUGGCACAGAGUCCUCAGUCCAUUAGGAACAUUUAUAAUGUGAAAGGACGUAAUGGGACCAAACCGAUGGCUAUCUGUGUUGGUGCCAUUGAGGACAUUUAUAAAUAUUGCCAGGUUAAUGUCCCUGACCAGUUACUGCGGGAUUUAUUGCCUGGGCCAGUUACUUUGGUGAUGGAGAGAUCUGAUGAACUUAAUAAGGAGCUGAAUCCUUACACUUCAUUGGUAGGUGUUCGUAUACCAGAUCAUGCAUUUAUCAGACAACUGGCACAGAUCUGCUCUGAGCCAUUGGCACUGACUAGUGCGAACAUCAGCACCCAGCCGAGCACAUUGUCAGUUGAGGAGUUUAAAGACCUGUGGCCCCUAUUGUCUCUAGUAGUGGACGGAGGGCCUAUUGGAGACGUGUCCAGUCCAGAAUGCAGAUUAGGAUCAACAGUAAUGGAUCUUUCUGUUUCCGGGAAGUUUACCAUCAUCAGACCUGGAUGCGCUCUGAUUCCAACAUUGGAGAUCCUGAAGAACAAAUACGGCUUGUCAUCUGCGUCCUAACAUCCUCUCUGCUGGGCAGACUGAGAGAGAAUCCAUGUGGUGACAAGAAGCCAAUACACAUUUGAUGUCACAGGCUGCAAGUACUGGUGAAAAGCGGUUGCCUGAAAACCGUGGCAUGUCUUAGUAGACGUUUUAAUACGUGGGACCUUUUAAUACUUUCCACGAGAAGGAAACUUUGAACACACUAGGAAAAUGAAUUAUUUAUUUGAAAGACACACUGUUACAUUGAUUACCUGUUUUUCACCUUUAAUGUUAAAAGGAAGUAGAACAGUGUCCAAGUCAUUGUUUUCUACAGGUGUAUGCUUUGCUUUUAAAGGGCUAGACAAGUGUAUUUUUUCACUGAUAUUAUGCCUGCAUAUCCCAUCAUGUCGACAGAUCUAAUAUCCUUCAGAAGAGUAGGUUGUCCACUUCACUUCUGUGGUUACAACCGGUUGUUUAUUCAGUAGAUGUUAAAGCAUCUACAGACGACCCAUUCAUGAUGCAACAGCUUUUAAUGUCUACUGAAUAAAGGACUAUUUGUAACCACAGAAGUGCAGUGUUAUUGACCCCUAAACUUUUUUUUGAUCACCUGUAUGUGAAUAUUCUGUUUAAUCACUUGGGGUCACUUGGUUUAAUCACGUGACUGCUUUCUUAUCUGUCCACUGUCCAACCGCAUCCUCUUCUGUGCAGGUGCUGAACAGUAGUUGAACCUGUCCAGCGACUACAUGUAGCCAUGGAUGGGUAAGUGGUCUCGUGAUUAAACCACAUGACUGCCGCCAUUUUGGUUCCUAUGGCUUCCACGAUGGACAGUCAGCCUUGUGAACACAAAAGGUACGCAUGUGCAUAAUGUUGCACAGCAUGGAUUGCGUGCCCGUUUAGCCUUCAUUUUCAGUCGGACCAUUCCCUCUGACCAGAGAGAAGCCCCCUAUAAGUGACUCAUUAGAGCAUCACACAUUACACUAAUCAAUGCAAUGCUCUUCUGUGGUCAUCUUUAUCUACGCCGAUCAAUAGAGCUGUCCAACUGUUAUCCCAAUUCUACUCCUAGAUUUAUCAUGACGAUUACACUGGAGAUAACAACCCCUUCCCUUCAAAGCAGCCAUUUUCUGUGCAUAUUGAGUUUAAGAAAAAUAACCCUUUCUGUUGGAAGUGUCCCUUCAAGGAUUUUUUUGUCUUAUGAUUUUAAAAAGUAAAAUUUCUUUAAAUAAAAUAAAAGCUGUCAAAACUCCUUUCAACAUUGGGAUUGUCACUUUUAUGCAUUUUCUUUACUGCUAAACCUUGUAGGUGUUGAAUAUUACAUUUGUACCCAAAAGUGCGAACACUAUGUCCUGACUGCAUGCAGGUAAAUAUUGAGUAGGAUGUAGCGUUCGCACAAGCACCGCAGCCCCCUCAAACAGCUGAUGGGCAGUGCUGUUAGCAGUCUGACCCCCACCAAUUUGAUAUUAUGUGAUGAAACUGAACAACCCCUUUAACUGUGAAAACAAAGUUUAAUCGCUAUGAUGUCUGGUAUGCCCGCCUUUAAUAAAUCA